CAUCAAUGUGUAGUAGUGAAAAAAAACAGCACUGUGUUGUGUGUUCCUCUCUUCGCUUUCCCUUUUGUAAAACCCUAAUCUUCUCCUGAAUUUAACUUUCAGGGUUGCCUGGCUUCUGCACCAUUUCCUACCAAUACAGUGGAUUGCUACUUACGUCUCUUCAAAAUCAGGAAGCAAGUAUACCCAAAAGGUUUCAUGGCAGUUAAUGGCCUGCAAUCUCUAGGUCGUGUGAAGUUAGCUGAUUUGACUCCUGCUGAAGGCCUUCCAUCAGAUUCUUACAAACUGUCUGUUUCAACUUUGUCACAAUCACUAGCUCAGCAUUCUGCUGCCAUCAUUCAGUUUCCAGUGAGUGAUGGGGCUCUUUUGAGGUCGGGUUUAGAUUCAUGUCACCUCUACUUCCACCAGAAAGCAUCAUACCCAGCUGCUGAUAUGGUUAAUAACAAUGACCCUCGUGACUGGUGCAAGACUUCCGGUUAUAAUGCAGAUCCUCAAUUGUGGCUAGAAACCUAUGAUUACAGACCUGGACUCACUCCUUUAGAGCCCAACAACACAAUGGAAUUUCCUCCAGCAGGUUUACCAGAUAUAUUUUCAAUGCUUGCAAAGGCAGCUCGGGAUAUAUUGGACGCUAUCAGCUUCUAUUUGAACUUGAGGAGCUCUGCAUUUACUGAAGUACUUGAUAAUGUUCCCUUAAGAAAUCAGGAAAUAUCUUCUUCAGUAUUAUCUGUCUGCUGUCAUGCAAGGCCUUCAUUUCAGGGCGCACAACACCAUAAUUUUACAACCCAAGGGGAUGGCCAGUUGGUUAUGUAUUCUGACCAUGAGCCUCAAAUUGACAAAAGCUUGAUAUCUCUUGUCAAGUCAGACAAGGCCGGUCUACACGUAAAGGACUUUCAUGGUCGUUGGGUUCUUGUGGAUGAAAAUCUUGGUCCUCAAGAAGCUAUUGUUUACCCUGGACUUGCACUCUAUCAGGCAACUGCAGGAUAUGUCAACCCAGCACUGCAGAGAACAGAGCCUACUAAUACACAGAGUAACUUGUUUGGGCGAUGUUCUUUGUCUUUUAAACUCAUGCCUAAAUCCAUGACCCAUCUCAAUUGUUCAGAGAUGAGAGCUGCUGGUCAUGGGGUUGAACCUCAGUUCCAGCUUCCAGUAGCGGUUGAUGACUUUAUGCAGAGAUCUCACCCCUCCGAUCAACUCUUUAACAGACUCAGUUUUCAAAGUUUCAAUUUUCAUGCAGCACAAGAUGGAUCUGUGAAGCCUUUGUUGAGGAAGAGAAAGAGUGAAAGAACCAAACCUCUGCCACCUUCCAAGAGAUUACGGGUCGAGGCCCAGAGAGUCCUGAAGGAAAGGGUUCAAGACAUUGCAGACAAGAAGGGAAUCAAGCUGAGGUUCUGCAACCUGAAGGAGUGUGAGAGUCAUAUUCAGACACUUGAUAGCCCAUGUGCCAAUAUAAGAAUGGAGAUCGGGUGGCCACAUGGAGUGCCAUUUGUUCAUCCCCAUGAUCUCCCGAACAAGGCAAAGAUCGGUUUCCUUGAAGCGUAUGAACCUGGUUGGACUGCUACUCAUGAUAUGGAGUCAAGUCUAACUGAACCUGGACAAGCCGGCCAGUCAACACUCAGUUAAUUGUAAUUGACUCGUAUGUGCUAACUUCAAUACAUGACCACCCGGAAGCGUGUGGUCCAACUUCGCAUGUGAUGCUCAUAGGAUGACAAUCAUGACUCAAUACUUCCCAUACUAAAUUUUCGGUUUGUAUAGACAUUUUUGAGAAAAGUUUGUCCUUCAUUUCAGUAGUUGACAAAGUGAACGCCAUGGAUUUGGAACCUUCAUCUCCUUUUUGUAUCAUUUGUACUGAACUCUGAGACGGGUAUCGGGAGCAACAGGAUCGGAAAAGAGCUGAAUGAAACAUGGAUAGGCGAGUGAAUUUUGGUAAGAUAGUUGCACCUCCCAUUUGGUGUAAGUUUUGAUGCUGUAAUACACUUGUUAUCGAAUUUCGAAUGCUUUCCGCUGCUGAGUUAUAGACUAAUACAGAGAGGGAGCACCAGAAUCUUGUUGCAGAUGUUCAUUAAUUAAUCUUGUACUCUUUUAUGCUGUUGUGCUAAUGAAUAUUUAAGGCACGCCUUUUCUUCA